AGCCGCGCACUGCGCCAAUUCGCAAAGCACUCAACAUUCUGUUGCCGACAGCGACGCGGGCGUCGUGCCAGUGCGUGUUGUAGCUUUUUCUUUCGUUUUGUUGUUCCUAUUCGCUUGUAAAUAGAGCUACUUACUGUGUGUGUGUGGCUGAGACUAUAUUCCAUUUAUUUUUUGUUUGUUUUGUUUUCGCUUUCAUUUGUUACUUGAAAUUAGCCACACCUAACGCGAUGUCACAGAAUUGCAGCCCACAACAGUUAAUUCAGUUCGUCAAUUGCCGCUUGGUGCGAAAUCAUCAGCUGAUCGUUGACGAUCUGUGGGUGCGAGAUGGCAAAAUCAUCAAUCCGGAGCCAGUUUUCUACGAUGAGCGGGCGACGGCGAACCAGCGCAUCGACUGUGGCGGUGCGAUCAUCGCGCCCGGCUACAUCGAUUUGCAAAUCAAUGGUGGCUAUGGGGUUGACUUCUCCUACGACAAGGACACCAUUGAGGCGGGCGUGCGCAAGGUAGCCGUCGGUCUGGUGGGCAGCGGCGUUACCUCAUUCUGCCCCACACUCGUGACCUCUCCCAAUGACAGCUAUCAUACGAUAUUACCGCGUAUGCCGCGACGCAUCGAAGGCGGCGCCGGCAUUUUGGGCGUCCAUGCCGAAGGACCCUUCAUCAAUCCACAUAAGAAAGGCGCCCAUCCAGCCAACUGCAUUCAAACUAUUGACAAUGGCAUGGAGACGCUACGUUCGACGUACGGCGAGCUAGACCGCAUUAAGAUAAUAACGCUGGCACCUGAGCAGGUGAGCGAUGCGAACGUUAUCGAUGAGCUGGUGAGGGCGGGCAUUACCGUCUCGCUGGGCCACUCGAUGGCCAGCCUCAGCGAUGGCGAGCGAGCCGUUCGCCAUGGAGCCACUCUCAUUACGCACCUGUUCAAUGCGAUGCUGCCCUUUCAUCAUCGUGAUCCGGGCCUGGUCGGCCUGCUGACCUCCGAUCAAAUACCGCCUGGACGCAUUGUCUACUUCGGCAUCAUUGCCGAUGGGGUGCACACGCAUUCGGCUGCCCUGCGCAUCGCCUAUCGGACGCAUCCCGAUGGCUUGAUCUUGGUCACAGAUGCGAUCUCAGCCCUGGGCCUGGAGGAUGGCAUCCAUCACAUUGGCCAGCUGCCGCUGGAGGUGAAGCAGGGCCGAGCUUUCAUAGCUGGCACCGAUACGCUCUGUGGCAGCAUAGCGCCCAUGGACGAGUGUGUGCGCAUCUUCCAAAAGGCAACAGGCUGCUCCAAGGUCUUUGCCAUAGAGGCUGCCACAUUGCAUCCGGCGCGCUGUUUGGGCAUUGAACGUGAGAAAGGAACCCUGGACUUUGGCUCGGAUGCUGAUUUCAUAGUGCUGAACGAUGAUUUACAGGUGCUAUCCACCUGGAUAGCAGGCGAGCGGGUUUACAAAUCCAGCAACUGAGCCCUGCCCACGCUACAAACAUUCUCUUUGUUGUCUAUUUUGCUUCUUUGCUUUUGUUUUUUAUUUUUUCACUUGUUUUAUUUGGAUUAGAUGACGCUUUAAAUUGUUCUUUAAUAUUUAAUUAUUAAAUCAUUUGGUGUGGACAACUACGCUAAAUCCAUAUACAUGUACAAAUAAUAAGUAUUACGAAAAAAAAAACACAUUUUAUAUUUAUAUAAAUACACGCACACACGCAUAUGCACAUUCAUACAUAUAUACAAGUAUACAUAUGUAUUUAUGUGUGAAUAUGUGUGCAUGGUUUAGGCGCUUUGGCGUAAGCUACGAAAUGUUUCUCCGCCAUAUUUUUUUGUUUCUUUUUGCUCUGCUAGACAAUUACAUUUGCCAAAAAA